AUGGCAGACCGGCCAGCCCCAUACCACACCAGAGGCCUGCCGGCCCCUCCCCCCGUCUCCGUGCACACCAUCCCCAUGGCCGGUCUCCUCGUCGACGUCUACGGCCUCGACGAGCUCCCCGCCGACCGCGCCUCUGUGCCUACCACCUGUCUGUGGCUGCUGCACCCUCGUACCCGCACCCGCAGCCACAUGAUGGACAUUGCCUCGCGCGCCCUCGCCGCCUGGCACGCCGACGACGCCAGGCGUUGGCGCAGCCGCGGGCUCGUCGCGCUGGCGUUUGACAUGCCCAACCACGGGUCGCGGCUCGUUAGCGCCGCGGCCAACGAGGCAUGGGACAAGGGCAACGAGACGCACGCGGUGGACAUGCUGGGCAUGGUCAAGGGCGCGGUGGCGGACAUGGCCGGCCUGAUGGACGUGGCCGAGGCGUAUCUCGGCGUCGGGGCGGACGCGCACGUCUGCCUGGGAUGGAGCCUGGGCGGGCACAGCGCGUGGCAGGCGUGGAUGGGCGAGGACCGCAUCGAUGCGGCGGUGGUGAUUGUCGGAUGCCCCGAUUUCAUGAGCCUUAUGAGCACCCGUGCUGCCGCUGGAAACCUCACGCCCGCGGGGGAGAGCUUCCUCGGCAGCCGUUACUUCCCGUCGAGCCUCGUGCGGACAACGCUCGCGCACGACCCCAAAGGUCUGCUCUUCGGCACCGACGCCGUGCCGGGCCUGCCGCUCGGCGCCGCCGACAAGGACCGCGUGCGGCAGGCGCUCGACGGCCAGCGCGUGCGCGGCAAGCGCCUCCUGCUGUGCUCGGGCGGCCGCGACAAGCUGGUGCCGUUUGCGGUGGGCAGGCCGGUGGUGGACGUGCUCGCGGAUGCGAGUCGCGGCUGGUACCCGGGGGUGAGCGUGGAGAACAAGGUGUAUGAGGAUGUCGGGCAUGCGUUUGGAAAGGACAUGGUGGAGGAUGCGGUGCGGUUCCUGGUCGAUGCGGUGGCGAGAGGGCCGAGGGAGAGGGAGAGCAAGGCCAAGAUUUAG